UCAUAUCUGCAUUCUAAUUCAACCCGGAAUUUAGCCCAGUUGUCGAAGAUUGAGCAGAAUACCAGGGAGAAUUGUUUAGAGCGAACACUUGAAAUUUUAUUGAAUUGACCAAAGUGCUUUUAUAAAGAUAAUACUUUCUGGAUGUAUCUUUGUAUUUUCUCAUCCUCAAGCACAUCAAAUCGACAAUAUUAUGUGGAGCAUGGAGACGUAUCUUUAUCAUUGCCGUUGAUAACUUACCAGAGCAAAUUCUCAUGAGUUCCAAAUUAGUCUUUAUACGUUUGCGGUGUUGAGAAGUUCAUUCAAAGCAAAGCAACACUUGUUCAAUUAAAGAAUGAAUUAGUUCAGUAAUUUUUAAAAAUAUUUUUCUAAGUGUUUUUUUUUAUUAUUAUUUCAAAAUGGCAAUACAAAAUAUUGAAAAUUCUGUUGGAAUCGCUGGAGAUGUCGGUGAAAAUCCAGAAAAUAUCAAAAAGGAUAAAACAAUCAGUGAAACUUUAGUGGAUGAUAAGAUCACAUGGAGAUUUUGGAGGAAGAGACGUUACGUGGUGGUGUUAAUGGCCUUUUUGGGGUUUUUCAAUGUAUAUUCCUUGAGGGUGAAUCUGAGUGUGGCUAUUGUGGCCAUGACCGAGAAGAGAAAUGUAACUCUCCAAAAUGGGACAGUAGUUCAAGAGCAAGAUUUCAAUUGGGACUCAACAGAACAAGGACUGGUGCUUAGUUCUUUCUUUUAUGGAUACAUCUUAACUCAACUAAUUGGAGGAUAUUUAGGAUCUAAGUUUGGUGGACAUUAUGUUUUUGCCAGUGGCAUAGGGGUAACUGCAUUGCUGACAAUCCUGACUCCAGUAGCUGCAAAUCACAGUCUUUACAUGCUUUUAGCUGUGAGAAUAAUUGAGGGCAUCUUUGAAGGAGUUACAUUCCCUUGUAUCCAUGCUGUAUGGGCUCGAUGGGCUCCAGUUUACGAACGUUCCAGAAUGGCCACUAUUGGCUUUGCGGGAAAUUAUGCAGGAACAGUAGUUGCAAUGCCCCUUUCAGGUGUUCUUGCUGUUGCUUUAGGCUGGGAAAGUGUAUUCUAUUUCUUCGGAUCGAUUGGAGUUGUAUGGGCAAUUGCAUGGAUAUUUAUCGUGAAGGGUGGACCCGAUGAAGACCCCUAUAUAUCUGAAGAAGAAAAGACCUAUAUCAUGAACAGCAUUGGUCAGCAGGAACAAAAGAAAACAAUUGUACAUCCUUGGAAGGCAAUCUUGACAUCAACUGCAGUUUGGGCUAUUAUAGCAUCGCAUUUUGCUGAGAACUGGGGAUUCUUUACACUUCUUACUCAGCUUCCGACAUUCCUUAAAGAUACUUUGAAUUUUGAAUUGGAAAAGACCGGCUUCAUAUCUGCCAUUCCAUAUUUGGCCAUGGGAUGUCUUCUUGGAGUUUCUGGAUAUCUGGCUGACUGGAGUCAAGUCAAGGGAUACCUAACUACUGUGCAAGUUCGUCGUUAUUUCAAUUGUGGAGCUUUCCUCGCUCAGACAGUAUUUAUGAUGUUAGCAGCCUACCUUCUAGAUCCUGUGGGAACUGUCGCUUGUAUCACCGUAGCUGUUGGAUUUGGAGCUUUCGCUUGGUCUGGAUUCAUAGUAAAUCCUCUUGAUUUAGCUCCAAAUCAUGCAUCUGUAAUUCUUGGUAUAUCGAACACCUUUGCCACAAUUCCAGGCAUUGUGAGUCCCUUGCUAACAGGGAUCAUCACGAGUGAUAAGACUAAAGAACAAUGGCAAAUAGUUUUUUACAUUUCUUCAGGGAUAUAUUUGGUGGGUUGCAUAAUCUAUUGGAUUUUCUGUAGGGGUGAUUUACAGCCCUGGGCGCAAGUAAACACUCAGGAUGAGUUUUCCGUAGAGUCUCCACAGGAAAAACAACUGGGAAUAGUUAAUGACCAAUUUGAUAUGUCCAGCGAAGGGAAGAAGAUUGAGUGAUAGUUUGUGCUAAAUAAAAAUAAAUUGUUCAACAUGCCUUACUUUGGCAUUAAUUUUAUCCUGUAAACUAUUUUUAAAUAAGAAUUAAACCCAGAUUGUGUCAUAAA